AUGAACCAUCUCCUGAGCAAUGACAAUGUUGUCCUAGAUUUGUCUGUUAGGGACAAAACUGACUUGUUGAGAGGAGAUGAGCUUAUUCAGGAUGGGUUUGAGAUUUCUCACAAUGAUCUUGCUAAUACCUUUAUAAAGCACAGAGUACAGGGCAAUGGGCCGGAACUGAAUAGGUGGGAAUCCGUCUGGACCAGGAGCCUUGAGACCAUUCAUAGAGAAAUAAGCCUCAUUUAUCCUAAUAUCCGAGAUGGGUUCAAGCAGGAUUUUCAAAUCAGUGUCAUCAAGAGCAGGCCAAGUGGUUGUGGUGACAGUCCAGGAACGGGGUGUUACAAGAAAGUUCUAAGUUGCUGUGAAUUUCAUCCAUACAUUGGAAUAGGAGUUCUCGUUGAUAAAUCACUCCUAACCGUUUCGUCUUCUUAUGCUAAUUUCCCUGCUGUUAAAAUGCACGAUUUGUUGGAAGAGCUGGGGAAAAAACUAGUUCGAGAAAAUUCACCCAAAAAGCCAAUCAAGUGGAGCAGGCUUUGGCUCUAUAAAGAUUUAUUCAAGGUUAUGUUGAAGGAGAAAAUGGGAGGAAAUAAUGUUGAAGCCAUAGUUUUGAAUAGCCCAGAAGAAACUCGAAGAUUGAUGGCUGAAGGAUUGUCAAAAAUGAAUCACCUCAGAUUGCUUAUACUACGUGGUGUGAAAUUUUCAGGCAGCCUCAAAUGUCUUUCUAAUAAAUUACGAUAUGUGGAGUGGAAUGAAUAUCCUUUCAUGUAUUUGCCACCAAGUUUUCAGCCGGAGGUUCCUGUUCAUUUGAUCUUGAAGCAUAGUUGCAUGACACAAUUGUGGGAAGGCAAGAAGUAUAUGCCCAAUUUGAUAAGUCUGGAUCUUAGCCAUUCCAAAAAUCUAAUCAAAAUGCCAGAUUUUGGAGAGGUCCCAAAUCUUGAGAGGCUGAGUCUUGAAGGAUGUAUAAAACUUGUGGAGAUCGAUCCAUCCAUUGGUCUUCUAAGAAAGCUUGAAGUCUUGAAUUUGGAAGACUGCAAAAAUCUUUUAAGUAUACCCAACAACAUAGUGGGUCUCACUUCAAUUAAAUCAUUAAAUCUCUCGGGGUGUUCAAAAGUGUUUAACAACCAGCUUGAUAUAAGUAGUGAAACUGCUAUGCACUCCCAAUCAGCAUCCUCUUGCAUCUUCAAAAGGUGUUUGUGCCCUUUCCGUUCCUUGAAUUAUAAAGAUUCAGCUAUUUCUUUGUUGCCUUCCUUGCCUAGCUUCUCUUGUUUGGUAUAUCUUAAAUUGAGUUUCUGCAAGCUGGUACAAUUCCCUGAAGCUAUUGGAAGCUUACAUUACUUAAAAUACCUUAAUCUUGAGGGAAACAAAUUUGUUACACUGACUUGUAGCCUGAAGGAGUUUUCAAAACUUGUUGAUUUAAGAUUGUCACACUGCAAGCGGUUGAAAUCUUUGCCUGAGCUCCCUUCAUGUACGGACAUUCAUGAGAAUUUCAGAAUCAUAAUAUUAUAUGUUUUCAACUGCCCAAAUUUGGAAGAGAGGGAACGCUGCAGUACUAUGAUUUUUCCAUGGAUGGCACAAGUGAUUGAGGUUCACACUCCUUCCUUCCUUCUUACAUUUAUUUAUCUCUGA